AUGUCGUUCAAAACUCACGACCACUCAAAACCCAUCCAUAUCCCUACCACUGAGCAGAAUGUCCUUGAUUACUGGACAGAGAUCGAUGCUUUCAAGACAUCGCAAAAGCUCUCUGAAGGUAAACCAGAGUACAGUUUCUAUGAUGGACCUCCUUUCGCUACAGGAAAGCCUCAUUAUGGACAUUUACUCGCUGGUACCAUCAAGGACGUUGUCACAAGACAUGCUUCUUCUACUGGGUUUCACGUUGAACGAAGAUUCGGAUGGGAUACGCACGGUCUUCCCGUAGAACAUGAAAUUGACAAAACAUUAAAUAUUAAAGGGAAAGCAGAUGUAAUGGCAAUGGGAAUUGACAAAUAUAACGCUGCAUGUAGAGAAAUCGUUAUGAGAUAUUCUGGUGAAUGGAAAUCAACAGUGGAAAGAAUGGGUAGAUGGAUCGAUUUUGAUACUGGAUACAAAACACUUGAUCCUACUUUUAUGGAAAGUGUUUGGUGGGUUUUUGGUCAAUUAUGGCAAAAAAAUCAAGUUUAUAGAGGAUUAAGAGUUAUGCCUUAUUCAACUGGAUGUACAACACCUUUGAGUAAUUUCGAAGCUGGUGAAGAUUAUAGAAUGACUUCUGAUCCUGCUGUCACCGUCACAUUCCCUCUUUGUGAUGAUCCUUCAACAUCCAUUCUCGCAUGGACAACUACACCUUAUACCCUUCCUUCCAAUCUCGCCCUUUGUGUUCAUCCAGAUUUCACUUAUAUCAAAAUCUACGAUUACGAGCGUGAUCAAAACUUCAUUCUCUUAGAGUCUCUUCUUGGAACGGUGUAUAAAGAAUACGCAGGAGGAAAGAAACCUGAUCCCAAGAAGGAAAAAGAUGCUAAACCCAAAUUUAAGAAAGUCGGUCAGUUCACUGGUAAAGAUAUGGUAGGAUGGAGAUAUGUACCCAUGUUCGACCACUUCACUGAGCAAUACGAAGACCGAGCUUUCCGAGUUCUCUCAGAUACCUAUGUUACCGACUCUUCCGGUACCGGUAUCGUCCAUCAAGCUCCUGCUUUCGGUGAAGACGAUCACCGAAUCUGUGUAGCUCAUAAAGUUGUUCGAGAUGACGAAAUUCCUCCUUGUCCCAUCGAUGAAUCUGGUAAAUUCACUUCUGAAGUACCGGAAUACGAAGGUAGAUAUGUCAAGGAAGCCGACGCUACUAUCAUCAAAGAUCUACAAAAGAGAGGCCGACUUAUCGUUCGAUCCGAUAUAAUGCAUUCUUACCCAUUCUGUUGGAGAUCAGGUACACCGCUCAUCUACCGAGCUAUCCCAUCUUGGUUCGUCAGAGUAGCCAACAUCUCUGACAAACUCGUUGAAAACAACAAGAAAACAAGAUGGGUUCCAGCAAACGUAGGUGAAGGUAGAUUCGGAGGUUGGAUUAGAAAUGCCCGAGAUUGGAAUAUCUCCAGAAACAGAUAUUGGGGUACUCCUAUCCCUCUUUGGGUCAGCGAGGACUACGAGGAAAUCGUGGCAGUAGGCUCUAUUGCUGAACUCGAGAAACUUUCUGGUGUAUCAAAUAUCACCGACUUGCAUCGGGAGAGUAUCGAUAAUAUCACUAUCCCAUCGCAAAAAGGUAAAGGUGUACUCAGAAGAAUCGAGGAAGUCUUUGAUUGUUGGUUUGAGUCUGGAAGUAUGCCCUACGCUCAAUCGCAUUUCCCCUUCGAAAACAAGGAGAGAUUCGAGAAAUCUUAUCCUGCCGAUUUCGUUUCCGAGGGUAUUGAUCAAACUCGAGGAUGGUUCUACACUUUGUUGGUAUUGGGUACUCACCUUUACAAUACUGCUCCUUGGAAGAAUUUGAUUGUUACCGGUUUGGUCCUCGCUGCUGACGGUAAGAAGAUGUCCAAGAAGCUCAAGAACUACCCUGAUCCAAUGGAAGUCGUAAACAAAUACGGUGCUGACUGUGUUCGACUCUUCCUUGUUAAUUCACCCGUCGUACGAGCCGAUAAUCUUCGAUUCAGAGAAGAAGGUGUCCGAGAAAUCUUAAGUAAUGUCAUUUUGAAAUGGAUCAACUCUCUCAACUUCUACCUUGGUCAAGUUGAACUUUUCGAUCAAACUACAGGAGAGAAGUUUGUCUAUGACCAUGACGCUCCUAAAUCCAACAAUGUGAUGGAUAGAUGGAUCUUGGCUACUUGUCAAAGUUUGAUUCAACACGUUGACACUGAGAUGAAAGCUUACCGACUCUACACCGUCAUUCCAAGACUACUUGAUCUCAUUGCAGAUUUGACCAAUUGGUACAUUCGAUUCAAUCGAACUCGACUGAAGGGUUCCGGUGGUGUUGAAGAUACUCGAUCAGCCUUGAAUACUCUGUACGAGGUAUUGUUCACAUUGUGUUUGACCAUGUCUUCCUUCACUCCCUUCACUUGUGAAACAGUAUAUCAAUCUCUCCGAGCCACUUCUCCUGCGUCCAAGGACCCUAACCACGAUGUCCGAUCUAUCCACUUCCUUCCAUUCCCCGCUGUACGACAAGAGUACUUUGACCCCGUCAUUGAGCGACAAGUGCAACGUAUGAGAGCUGUCAUCGAUCUUGGUCGAUUGGUCCGAGAUCGAAAGACAUUGAAGAUAAAGAUCCCUCUCAAAGAGCUUGUUAUUUUCCACCACGAUCAAGAAUAUCUUGAUGAUGUCAAAUCACUCGAAUCAUACAUUGCAGCAGAAUUGAACGUUGUGAAUGUCGUCUACACUUCCGAUGAGUCAGCUGUCGGAAUCAAAUAUCGUGCAAACGCAGAUUGGCCAACGUUGGGUAAGAAAUUAAGAAAAGAUAUUGGAAAAGUAAGAUCGUAUCUACCUAACAUGACAACGGAAGAAUGUAAAUCAUUCCUCACACAAGGCAAAGUAGUUGUGAACGGAAUCGAAUUGAUAACUGGAGACUUAAAUGUAACGAGAUUUGCAGAAGUUGAAGAUGAAACCAAGAAAGAUACGGCAUCAGAUACUGAAGUGAUCAUCAUAAUGGAUAUUCAAAGACAUGCAGAAUUAGAAUCAAUGGCAUUAUUGAGAUCUUUGACUUCUCGAGUCAAUAAAUUGAGGAAAGAAGCAGGAUUAAAACCUUCUGAUAAAAUCAACCUUUAUUACGAAAUCGAUCAAGGUGAAGAAGACAAUAUCAAGUCCGCCCUAAAAGGAAACGAAGAUUAUUUAAUAAAACAAAUAGGUGCUAUACCCAUUGAACUAUCUCAAAAAUCAGAUUCGACAAAUGAUCCCGAGUCCAAAAAAACUGCUACUUUGGUGACGGAAAAGAGAUCAAAAGAAUCUGAAGAUUUAGUUGAAUCAGAAAGAUUCGUUCUUACCUUAUCAUUAAAAGAAUAA